AGGAGGAAGAGGAGGAAGAUGAAGAGGAGGAGGAGGAGGAGGAGGAGGAAGAAAUGGUGAGCUGGGCCAGUGUGAGGAUGCAAGGAGACACCAGGAAGCAGCAGUUUGCAGCUCAGGAGGAUCCAGAUGUGUUUGGACACCUCCUGCAGAGACCAAUGGAAACCUUUUUCGACAACCACCACCCGGCCCUGAAAUCCCCCAUCCUGGUGUCGGGUCCUCGCUGCGCCGCGGAGGACACCUUCAGCCGCCACUUUGAGAGCAUCAUGGAGUCCCACCGGGCCAAAGGGACGUCCUACAACAGCCUGGACAGCGAGGAGCUGCUGACCUCCAGCACGCAGACCGUCCUGACCUUUGACCUGCCCACUCUGACCCCCGCCAUCCACGGGGUGGUGUGUCACAGCGCCCGGCAGAUCGUCAAGCUCAGCUUCGCCCCGCUGGCCCACGACGAGAGGCCCAGUCUGUCGGACUCUAUCUUCACCGUGACCGGGGACUCGGACGCCACCAGAGCCCCGUCCAGCGAGCGGCUGAGCAGCGGUUCAGAGGACACGCCACCUAGAGGACGGGAGUGUGCACAGCUGGGGAGCAGCUGGUACAGCAACACGUCCGUCUCUUUACCCAGGUGAAGUCUAAUCUCUUGUUGUGUCUGUCCCUCGUCCCUCAGCAGGGACAAGGCCCGGCUGGCCACGGACUCGGAGCUGGACCAGGACCUCAGCGAGCGGCUGGGCCUCAGCAGCAGCGACACCCUCACCAACGGCAGCCACCGGGCGGACGUGGCCGCCGCCAGACGCCUCGCCAAGCGCCUCUUCAACCUGGACGGCUUCAGGAAGUCCGACGUAGCUCGCCACCUCAGCAAGAACAACGACUUCAGCCGCAUGGUGGCAGAGGAGUAUCUGAGUUUCUUCAACUUCACAGGCCUGGCUCUCGACCAAUCACUGAGGACGUUCCUCAGACAGUUUGCUCUGAUGGGCGAGACCCAGGAGCGUGAGCGGGUUCUGUCCCACUUCUCCAGGAGGUUCCUGGACUGCAACCCCAACGUGAUGCCCUCAGAGGAUGCAGUUCACACUCUCACCUGCGCCCUGAUGCUGCUCAACACGGAUCUCCACGGUCAAAACAUUGGAAAGAGGAUGUCCUGCACACAGUUCGUCAGUAACCUGGAGGGGCUGAACGAGGGCCAGGACUUUCCCAAGGAUCUGCUGAAA